AUGAUGCUCCAGCUGAUGUUCUUCAAAGACUGCACCAGCAAAACUUCAGAUGGAUCUACUGCUCACACCAGCAUACACAAGGGUGACAUCACACACUUUGCUCAGGCCGGCUUCAAGGCAUGGGUUCAAUUGCUUGCAAUCCAGCAAGGAUUUCAAGCAGAUGUCAUCAGGACAGUUUAUGGGUACCUCAAGAGUUACGAGCAAACAGUAGAGACCAUAGAGGUGAUGAGGGAGGUAGCUGAGGAGCGUGCUGUUGCCGAGAUUUUAAGCAAGACAGAAGAGGAUGAGGAUGAGGACAGUGUUAAAGAUGAGGAGGAAUAG